AUGGCGACCCAAGCCACCCUCACAGCAAAAUGGACCAAAAUGACCAACGGCCCACAACUCCAACGCUCCUCACAUACUGUAACAACAGUAGACAAAACCCUCUACAUCUUCGGUGGUGAACUCAAACCACGCGAACCACGAGACAAUGACCUCCACAAGUACAUAAUCGGCAGCGGAACAGACGUAACAACUCUCUCAGCCGAUUCCCAAGGCACAGCGCCUUCAGCACGAGUCGGCUCAACCACUGCAGCCCUCAAUGGCAAGAUGUACCUCUUCUCCGGCCGUGGUGGUCCAGAGAUGGCACCUGUCGAUGAGGAAGGUGGUCUGUGGAUUCUAGAUGCUGGAGCGGAGAAGUGGGAUCUCGUCAAGCCGGCAUCUUCGACGUUCCCGGAGGCGAGGAGUUUCCAUUGUACGACCAAUGAUGGCAAGGAAACGCUCUAUAUCCACGCUGGAUGUCCUGAGAAAGGCCGCCUCGCAGAUCUCUGGAGCUUCAAUGUUUCAACGAAGGAAUGGAGACAACUUGCCUCAGCACCGGAUCCACCUCGUGGUGGCACGUCUAUAGCGUUCGCGGAAGGGAAGCUCUACCGCAUGAAUGGUUUCGAUGGGCAGCAUGAAGUUGGCGGAGCUCUGGACAUUUACGAUCCUGCGAGCGAUAGUUGGAGUUCAACGGACUUCAACCCUGACGGCAAAGAUGGGCCUGGCGCGAGGAGUGUUGCUGCUCUGAUUCCAGUGAAGAGGCAUGAUGGCGUGUAUCUUGUGACGUUGUUCGGUGAGAGUGAUCCUAGCGCGCUCGGUCAUCAGGGUGCUGGGAAGAUGCUUAGUGAUGUAUGGGCGUAUUCGUUGCGGGAGGGGAAAUGGCUGCAAGUUGUUGCUGAAGGCAAUAAGCCAGAGGGUAGAGGAUGGUUUGACGCGGAUGUGGUGUCCCUCGAUGGAGCGUUCCCGCAAGAGAAGAUUGCUGUCGUUGGGGGGUUGGGAGAGUCGAAUGAGAGGCUGGAUGAUCUGUGGUUAUUGACAUUUGGAGCUAACGCAUAG